CUCUAUGGUUCUGUCAUUUCCAAAAUGGAAAAGCAAUUGUUCACUCUCUGGCUGGCUUUGUCUUCACAAAUUCUAUUAACGGAUGCUGUUAUCCAUCAGAAUGCCAUUGAAAUCUACAGCCUGCACAUUGACUGCAAAGUCAUGUCACGGUAUGCCUACACAGUCAUCACCAGCAGAAUUGUCAACCGGGCAAAUGAAUCUAAGGAGGCUCUUUUUGAUGUGGAACUACCCAAGAAAGCCUUCAUCACAAACUUCACAAUGACCAUAGAUGGAGAAAAAUACCCUGGAAUAAUCAAGGAGAAAAAAGCCGCUCAAGCUCAGUAUGACUCCGCCAUUUCACGAGGUCAGAGUGCUGGAAUUGUCAAAUCAGCUGGAAGAAAAUUGGAAAAGUUUAGUGUUUCAAUUAAUGUUGCAGCAGGAAGUAAAGUUAACUUUGAGUUGAAUUAUGAGCAAUUACUUGAUCGAAAGCUAGGGAAAUAUGAAUUGAUCAUCAAAGUCAAACCCAAACAACUGGUGGAAGACUUUCAGAUUGAUACUCACAUCUUUGAGCCACAAGGCAUAUCCUUCUUAGAAACAGAAAGCAGCUUCUUGAACAAUGAAGUAAGUGAUGCUCUCAUAAAGACACAGGAGGAGACCAAGGCUCAUAUUUCAUUUAAACCAACCUUAAGUCAACAAAGGAAAACCCCCGACUCUGAACAAACUCUUCUAGAUGGAGAUUUCCUCAUACGUUAUGAUGUUAAAAGGAAUGUAGCCGUAGGUGACAUACAGAUCGUGAAUGGAUAUUUUGUCCAUUAUUUUGCACCCAGUGAAAUGCCAGUAUUUCCCAAAAAUAUCAUCUUUGUUAUAGAUAAAAGUGGGUCCAUGAUUGGCAAUAAAAUUCGGCAGACUAAAGAAGCCUUGGAAAAGAUUUUGGAAGAUCUGAAUCCUAAAGACCAUUUUAAUUUAAUUGUCUUUAGUGGGAGUAGUUCAAAGUGGAAGCCCACCUUGUUGCAAGCCAGCAAAGAGAAUGUGGAAUCAGCUAAACAGUAUGUUAAAACCAUUCGUGCGCAAGGAGGAACAAAUAUUAAUGAAGCUGUUUUGACAGCCAUUAAUUCUCUGAAUCAAGCCACCUAUGAGGAAUUAUUGCCAGAAAAAAGCAUUUCAAUGAUCAUUUUGUUGACAGAUGGUGAACCCACUGUUGGUGAAACAGACCCUAAGAAAAUACAGAAAAACAUAAAUGAAGCCAAUCAAGGGAAGUAUUUCCUCUACUGCCUUGGCUUUGGAUUUGAUGUAAGCUAUAGUUUUCUGGAGAAGUUGGCCUUAGAUAAUUCAGGAGUUGCUCGACGUAUAUAUGAGGACUCAGAUGCAACCCUUCAGCUCCAGGACUUUUACAGUGAAGUGGCUAUUCCCAUCCUGAAGGAGAUUAAUAUAAAUUAUCUUGGCAAUGCUGUACAAGAUGUCACUGAAAAUAACUUUAAGUUGCUCUAUGAGGGUUCUGAAAUUGUAGUGGCUGGAAAACUUGACAAUGAAAUUGAUAUAUUUUCCUUGGAAAUAAAUGCUCAGGGGCAUGGAAGCAAUUUGACCCUGAAAGAAAACGCUAAUGUCACAGAGAAAGCACAAAUUUUUAAACACCAGGAAUACAUAUUUGGAAAUUUCAUCGAAAAAUUAUGGGCCUAUUUAACCAUUCAACAGCUAUUAGAAAAGGUCAUUUUGGUGGAAGGAGCAGAGAGAAAAAAACUGGAAAACCAAACAUUAAACCUUUCCCUGAAGUACAGCUUUGUAACACCCAUGACUUCCAUGGUGGUCACCAAGCCAGAAGCUGAAGAGGUAGCUAACAAGCCAACAGAAAAAGAUAAUGAGGAUUUUCAGGAAGAUUUGGGACGAUUUGGUGGAAGGCAAGUUUUUCUUAGAGGUCAAUCCUAUGGUCCACCAAGGUUGGCUGGUGUAAGUGCCAUGCUUACUCCUGAUUUAUCUCUGAUGCCUUCAGCUGCUCUCCCAGAUGUUCCUAGGCCUUCAUAUAUCCAUUUCCUUUUUCAACCACCUAGUGAAAACUUUUUAGCUUGUGUAUCUAUUAAUGGACAGCCACGAACACCCUUAAAUCUGUUAUCUGAUCCAGAGAAAGGGAUCCAAGUGACUGGCAAGCUUGGCAAAAACAACCAUUUUGCAGAGUUUGAAAUAACUUAUCCGAGGCUGAACCUGGAAAUAAAGGUGUCAACAAAACAAAUUACACUGAAAAGUAAUAGCUCCAGUCACUCUUUUGUGUGGAAUGACAGAAACUCUUUAACAAUUGAAGGGCUAAAUGUUACACUGACAAGUGGAGAAAGCCUCUUUCUGUCAGGACCAGACAACAUUGUAACCAAAAUUUUCUAUAUACCUCCUCCUCUUGGUUGGCUUGGACUGUACUUUGAGAACAGCGAUUAUUUUUCUAAUCAAGUUACUGGACUUUUCGGUCAGUUUUUGUCUAAUACAAAUUUUGACAGACCUUUUGAUGGUUCCCUAACAGUUAUGGUACAUGGACAGCACAAUGUAGCCACCAGGACACGUGUGAAGGACUACAGAACUGGAUCUAGUCAAAUUGAAGUUACUUGCUGGAAACUGUAUGCAAAUCCUUAAAGAACACCCUUAACAGCAAAAGAUUGUUACUGCUUAGUGACCAUGAUUUUAUUAGA